UAAUAACAUCGGUGUCUUUUCCUGCACUAACUACUACAAUCCGCAGUCGGAAGUUGUGUGUCCAAAGCGAGAGAGCUGAGCAAGAAAAUAAAAAAAAAAAACAACAUAAUAAAAUUGUAUAAAGCGAAUAGCGAGAACGAGAAAUAUUAACACUUCAGCUGUUAUACGAGAAAAACGUCUGGAUCGCUUCGCUAUUCAAUUUAAUUCAAUUCAUUCCCUUGCCUGUCAUUCCAAAGCAAGCAACACCAUCAGACUAAAAUCAAUAAUUUAGUUGUGUGGUUUUCGCGGCUUUUUGUGUUAUUCUUUAAAAAACAAUCAAUACCCGAAGAAUGGGCACAGAAACCAAGAGCAACAGUUACACAGGACAGAUUUCAACAAGUGGCGGCAACCCUAAAGUGAUGAAAGAUUCUUUAUCUUUAGUUCGUCAAACGGUUAAACAGCAAUCGAACCAAAUCAAUUUGAAUUUGAAUUCAAAUUUGAAUUCGAACUCGAACUUGAAUUUGUAUUCAAGCGAACAGAACGUGGGUGAUAUUCGACCAACAACAAAGAAGCAGGAGGAUAAUACAACAACAACAACAACAACAACAACAACAACAAAAGAUUCUAUUGUACCAUUUGUUCCAAUAUUUGUUGAAGAAGCUGAUGUUAUUCAAGGUGCUAAGGAUAUAUUAAAAGUAAUUCGACCGAAUUGGAACCUCAAUCACGUUGAUUUUAAGAAAUUUACGGAUGGCAUAACAAAUAAGCUUGUUGGCUGUUUUCACAAUAGUUCCAAAUUGGGCAAUGAUAAUGAUGAGUCCUAUUUAUCAAUUAACAAUGCCCAGAAGAGAAUAUUGCCGGUACAAUCGGAAGAUCCGGUUAUAUUACAAGAUGAAUUUACAACAACAAAUGAUAGAAACGAAACGGAUCAUUUACCUGUACAAUACUCCGAUAACGUAGUCCUUGUACGUGUCUAUGGCAAUAAAACGGACCUAUUGAUCGAUCGGAAAGCUGAAACGCAAAAUUUUCAAUUACUGCAUACAUACGGCUUGGCGCCAUCGCUCUAUGCAACAUUCAAGAAUGGCCUCGUUUACGAAUACGUACCUGGUAGCACCUUAAAUAUUGAGAGUGUACUAUCUCCAGAUAUUUGGCCAUUGGUUGCACGUCGCAUGGCCGAAAUGCAUCGUGUGGUUCGAAAGAAUAACGAUGAUGAACCAUUGCCAAUGAUUUGGAAAAAGACGCAAAGCUUUUUUGAUUUAGUACCUGAACGAUUUAGUGAUGCUGAUAAACACAAAAGAGUGAAAGGAACAUUUUUACCUAUUGGCCGGCUGCGUGAGGAGUUUAACAACUUGUACAAAUACUUGGAGGCAUUAGAGAGUCCAAUUGUAUUCUCCCACAAUGAUUUGCUAUUGGGAAAUGUAAUAUACACGAAGAGCAUGAAUGCGGUUAAUUUCAUUGACUAUGAAUAUGCCGAUUACAAUUUUCAAGCCUUUGAUAUUGGUAAUCAUUUUGCGGAAAUGUGCGGAGUCGAUGAGGUCGAUUAUACACGAUAUCCGAAACGCGAAUUUCAAUUGAAAUGGCUGCGUGUUUACCUUGAGAGUUAUCUGCAGCGGAGCAACAUUCAGAACGAGGAAGUCGAACAUCUGUUUGUCCAAGUGAAUCAAUUCGCACUGGCAGCACACAUCUUCUGGACUGUUUGGUCUCUAUUACAAGCCGAGCAUUCCACUAUUGACUUUGAUUACGUUGGCUAUGCAUUUCUACGUUACAAUGAAUAUUUGGCUCGCAAGGAGGAAUUCUUAUCAUUGACUGCAUCAAAGAACAAUAAAUGAUUUUAUCCCCGAUAUUCAAGAAACACAA